AUGCUCGCUCAGCAACCAGGAUUGACCAGUAUUGGUGAUAAUAUCUCAGCUAACCAACUGAUUGACGAGUACACGCGGAAGGAGUCGUCACGCACAGAGAAGUGGCGCAAAAUGGCCAAAGUCGUCAAGCAUGGCAAAGAUGGCGAAGGCAUGGUCUUUGAGUUUGACUCCAAGCAUCCAAAGCUGAUUGAGCGCACCUGGAAGGGCAUUCCUGACAGGUGGCGCGCUGCUGCUUGGUAUUCAUUUCUCGCGACCAGUGCAAGGAACAGCAGCAAGCCUUUGGCAACGGAAGAUGAGCUCUUUGCCCAGUAUCACCUCUUACAGGAGCAACCAUCCCCGGAUGACGUGCAGAUCGACCUUGAUGUGCCCAGGACCAUCAGCCAGCACAUAAUGUUUCGACGAAGAUACAGAGGUGGGCAGCGUUUACUAUUUCGAGUAUUACAUUCGUUGUCACUUUACUUUCCCGUCACUGGCUAUGUUCAGGGUAUGGCUUCCCUGGCAGCAACACUGCUCAGCUAUUACGACGAAGAGAGGUGUUUCGUCAUGCUCGUACGGCUGUGGGAGCUAAGAGGGCUCAAACGUCUCUACUCCCCUAACUUUGUAGAGCUCAUGGAAUGCUUGCAGGACUUUGAGAAGCACUGGCUCGCAGACAAAGACGUUGCCAAGAGUCUCAAGGAGCUUUGCAUCGACCCAACGGCAUAUGGAACAAGAUGGUAUUUAACACUCUUCCACCUCUCGAUACCCUUUUCCUCCCUACUUCGGAUCUGGGACGUUUUCAUGCUAUUGGGCACUUCGCCGCCCGAUAUACCAAUUCUACAUGCUACCAGCACAGCCAUCAUUUUGGCUCUCGGUGAGCAUAUCAUCGAUUCCGAAUUUGAGAAUGCGAUGAAGGCACUCACAUCAUUCGUUCCUAUCAAAAACGAUGAGUUGCUGCUGAAGAUAGUUCGCGCUGAAUACAAGCAGCAUACCGGCAAGAUGAAGAAGGCGUAG